AUGGAUGUCGAGACAGCCGUAGUGGUCCUGAUGGUUGUACUUGUAGUCGCCACCCCCACACUAACGGAGGAACUGACUAUUGUGUUCGAUACCACCGUUGCGGAAGUGACCACAGCUGAGGACGUAGAAGUGAGAAUCACUGUGCUUGAGACCACUGGAUUUGUCACCACCGUGUUCGACAACGCAACGCUCGAAACUGCGGCAGCCGUUGUGAUACUUCCAGUGCCCACAGUGACAUCGGUACCAACAUUAGUGGUCACACUCCCAGCAGCAUUCGUACUGGUGAUAACGCCCCCACCAGCAGCGGUUGAACUUGUAAUUCCAAGGAUCGACGAUGUCAGACUGCUGAGAAUCCCCGACGAUGUAGCAGUUCCCGCUACGGCUGUAGCCGACGUGAUUGGCAAUGACACAUCGGUAGAUUGGACUCCCGUGAGCGCAGCACUACUCGUUUGGCUUAAGGAUAAUCCGGAUGUCAGAGAACUAAUUAUUGAAGAUACGACGUCCGACGAUAUGCUGGCGCCUGCGGAUUGUGUUGGCAAGGUCAAGGAUAAAUCAGACGUUACGGAGCCGACAACCGAAGACAAAAGGUCAGAGGUUAGCGAGGCAAUGACCGAAGAUAUGCCGUUGGUAUUAGUUGCCGUGGGAAGAAUACUGGAAAGAUCAGAAUUCAAAGAUGCGAUGAUUGACGAUAGACCAGUUGGAUUCGUUGCGCUGGUCAAAACUCCGGAAAGAUCCGAGCUCACUGAAUUGAUAAUGGACGAGAGUAUAGCUGUGUCAGUCGCAGUUGGCAGAAUGCCAGACAGGUCAGAAGUCAACGAUGCAAUGAUCGAUGAUAAAAUAGCUGAAUCCGUUGCUGUAGGUAAAACCCCAGACAGGUCAGAUGUUAGCGACGCAAUUAUCGAUGAAAGCCCAACUGAGUCGGUAACUGUAGGUAAAAUCCCAGAGAGGUCAGAUGUCAACGACGCAAUUAUCGAUGAAAUCCCAGCCGAGUCGGUAACCGUAGGUAAAAUCCCAGAGAGGUCAGAUGUCAACGACGCAAUUAUCGAUGAAAGCGCAGCUGAGUCAGUUGCUGUAGGUAUAGCGCCCGAUAAGUCGGAUGUAAUUGAUGCAAUAAUUGACGAUAAUAUAUUCGUUGAAACAGUGCCGGUCGGGUCACUAGUUGAGCUAGUGACCGUGGGUAGGAUCCCGGAAAGACCAGAGGUUGACGAUGCAGUUAUUGAGGAUAGACCAGAUGAAUCUGUUGCCGUUGGAAGUAUUCCAGAUAGAUCAGAGGUCAACGAUGCAAUUAUCGAGGAUAGGCCGGCUGAGUCGGUCGCUGUUGGCAAGAUGCCUGAUAGGUCAGAAGUUAGCGACGCAAUAAUCGAUGACAAGCCAGCUGAGUUCGUUGCCGAUGAUAGUAUUCCAGAAAGUUCCGAGGUGAGCGAGGCAAUAAUCGACGAUAGAAUAUUGGAUGAAGCUGUGCUGCUUGGGCUGCCGGCUGUAUCGGUUACUCCAGCUGAGGAAGAGGCUCCAGUUGCUCCAGAACUAGUUAUUCCAGCUGAAUCUGACGGGAAGGCAGUCGUGGAGCCCAAGUCAGAACUGAGUGCUGGCCCCGUACUUUGGCUACUUAUCUGGUUGCUGGUGGCCGAAGAGCCAGCCGUACUGCUCACGUCUGUGUUGACGUCGGUGGGGCUGAUUGUGUUACUGCUUUGGCCGCCACCACUGGACGAAGACGGGAUUCCAUUAGUACCUGUAGUUGACCCGGAUACGCCAGGGACGCUACCGGUAUCCUGGGACGUCGUAGCUGGUGGAGAAAAGGUCGCCGAUUCUCCACCAGAGCUUGUAGCACUACUACCAUUUGCAACUGUUGAGCUUUCAGUGCUUGAUAUCGACUCUGAAGAAGAACCCUGUGUGAUUGGGAGGUUUGAGAAAGACGUAAACUGCGUUGGUGUAACAGCAUUACUUGAGGUCGAUUGA